GGCAACCCCCUACCCUACCCUAUCCCGGGCCAGCCCACUCCACCCUCUACCCACCCCCAAUCAAUGUUAUGGUCCUGAACUAAUUAUAACCCCCCGCACAACGCCCCUCUUCCUACGUCCAACGUGUUUACCUCACGUUUACAAGCGUAUAUACGUGGCCAAUCAUCAUGCAUCAUUAUUGGGACGAGAGACCUGAUCAAAAUACUGCGAAGGACUGCAAUACCCCCACGUUCUUGUUAUCAUUGUCCUCCUCUCCCUCCUCGCCACUUAUGUUGUGUUCGGGCACCACGAUGUAUUGGUUAGAGCGCACACCACGUAGCGCACACCACACACCCUUCGACAUUUCUUCAGCAACUCUCCUCAUCAUCACCACGCACGUCGCAUACGUAGCAUGCAUAGUCCUAGGUGGUGUAUUGUUGCAGACUGCACCUGCAGCGUCGCUCGGCUGUGGGGGUUGUAUAGGCACGAAAGGCGUGGGUAUAUGCGCAAAAGGCACAAACACCCUAAAAUCCAAAAUGGAAUCCUUCUGGCGCGUCGUCCGCGAAACCGAGCGACACGAACAUGUCACGAGUCUUCCUGCUCCGCAUGUGUGGCAGGUGUGUCCGCCUGGACAGUCUUCUGAGUUACGGUCUGCGCCAGUCUGCCUUCUCGUCGGCGUUCCCGUCCGCACUACGAUCUGCUCUCUCACCUUCUGACUUCUCAUCCCCCUUUUCCGAUGUGCCAAGAGGGCCGGAACCGCAGUUGAUAAUCACGCUCUCACCACAUAUCCCGUCUUCGUUGCGCUAUGACGAGGUAUUGAAGUUCACGCGGUGGGCAUGUGAGGGGGCGUUUGUAGGUGAUGGAGUGAGGGGGGUU